AUACCUGCCAAGGCACAUAGGGAGCUACCGGCUUGUACUGUUAAUCCCGAUGCUGGCCCCGCACCAAGUCGGAUCCACGGCCGACAGACCAAAAGCAAAAUUCCUGCAUUCCAGGGUGUCUCAUGACGUAUCGUGCCGCGCAAGAAGAAUAUAUUAAUUCUUUGAAAGCCGCCCGCCCCGCCUCUUGUUUCCUUCACCUCUCACUCACCGCAGCGUCAUUUAAAGCGACCGACCCAAAGCGACACCUUUCAGAACAUCACAUCACAUCACAUCUCGCAGUUCUUCGCGACACACUCGUAACCAUGGCUUUAGCUGAGACACUCCUCCUCCCUGUGCGCGCCGUCCAGGCGCUGUUCGCGAUUAUUGUCCUGGGCCUGUUGGUAGAUGUCACAACCAACUGGUAUGCCACAUCUGAAGUCAACUUUCUCAUAUUCGCAUCCGUCUGGACCCUCCUCGCCGUCGCCUACCUCGUCAUCGCCCCCCUCACCUUCGCCACCGCAGCGCACAAGUACGCCGUCCUCGUCGCCGAGUCGCUGACGAUGCUCUUUUGGUUCGCUGGUUUCAUCGCGCUCGCCGACCUGCUUGGCAAGGUCGGGUGCACUUCGAGACAGGGGAAGUGGUGUGGGGAGUCGAUCGCGGGUACUGUCUUCGCUGCCUUUGAGUGGCUGCUGUUCCUUGGAACCACGGCCUUGGCCGCGUUGCACGUCUGGCGCACACGUGGCGGCAGCUCUGAGCCAGCACAUGCUAUGAAGGUCCAGCCAACGCCAUACCAAGGCGCAUAGAGCGUUGUUCAACAAUGACUUGGCCUGGUGAAGCGGAUGGAAGAUUUUCUUUUCGCUCCUGUUUGGCUUCUAUCAAUAGUGGGCGCAGUGGACGCCGUGGAUGUUUUCAUGAUACCCGCUCGAAUGCUUUUCCAUAUUUAUGGGAUGGAGUUGUUUGCUUUUCGGAGGGAAUUAAUAGUAAUUAUCGAGGGUCGUGGUUAUCAGUUUCAUACCAAUUUUUAGCAAAUACAGUUCUACGCCAGCUUGUUGCAGCAUCCCUAAGAUGAAUAUUACAUAGUUGAGUAGGGAAAGAUUUUCAGAAUAGCAUGCUUUUAUAAAGAGA